AUGUCCGGUCCUCCUUCUUUAGUCGGAAAGAAAUACCCAGCCAAACAGCAUGCCCGCACGGUCUACUCCCACUUGGUUCACAAGAACGAAGUUUCCGCCAAAGGCAGUGCUUUCUUCGUUUCCGGAGAAGACUUGGAAUUGUACCUCUACUGCGACCAGACCAAGCCGGUCAGACAAAAUCGGUACUUCUUUUACUUGACUGGAUGUGACAUUCCAGGAUCUCACGUGUUGUAUAACACUGUCAAGGAUCACUUGACCCUCUACUUGCCCGACAUAGAUUACGAAGAUGUCAUGUGGCUGGGGCUCCCUUUGUCGCUUGAAGCUGCAGCCGAAAAGUUUGAUGCAGACGAAAUCAAAUAUGCAUCGGCGUUGCAUGCUGAUUUGGAAGAAUUCCACAACGACAAGGUGACAAUUUUCACCACGGACAUCAACAAGUUCAACACAAAGUAUGAGGGCUUUUUGCAGCCCGGAAACAAGGAUUUCUUCUAUGCUUUGGACGAAUCACGUUUGAUCAAGGAUUGGUACGAAAUCGAAUUGAUGAAGCACGCAGCCAAGAUCACCGACAACUGCCAUUUCGCCGUGAUGUCUGCUACUCCUAUUGAAACCAACGAAACCCACAUCCAUGCUGAGUUCUUGUAUCAUGCAUUGAGACAAGGUUCAAAGUACCAGAGUUAUGAUCCUAUUUGCUGCGCUGGCGAAACUUGUUCGACUUUGCACUGGGUCAAGAACGAUGAAGAAAUCACUCCAGACAAAAAGUCGGUAUUAAUAGAUGCCGGCGCCGAAUGGAGCUGUUAUGCCUCGGAUGUCACCAGAUGUUUCCCCAUUAAUGGUGAUUGGACCAAAGAGCAUCUUGAGAUCUACAACGCUGUAUUGAAGAUGCAAUCGGUGACCAAGGAAAUGAUCAAACCUGGAGCCAGCUGGGAUGUACUCCACUUAACAGCCCACAGAAUUAUGAUUGAAGAGUUCUUGAAGUUGGGAAUUUUCAAAAAGGAGUAUACCGUAGAUGAACUCUUUGAGUCUAAAGUCAGCGCCCGUUUCUUUCCACACGGAUUGGGCCAUUUACUUGGAAUGGAUACUCACGACGUAGGAGGAUACCCCAAUUACUCCGACCCAGAUCCCUUGUUGCAGUAUUUGAGAUUGAGAAGAGAUUUGCAGGCCGGUAUGGUGUUGACCGACGAGCCAGGAAUUUACUUCUCGCCUUUCUUGUUGGAAGACACCUUGAAGGACCCAACCAAGGUCAAGUACAUCAAUAAAGAUGUCUUGGACAAGUACUGGUACAUUGGAGGUGUUAGAAUUGAAGAUGAUAUCUUGGUCACCGAAGAUGGAUAUGAAAACUUCACUGGCAUUACCUCUGAUCCAGAGGAAAUCUCAAAGAUUGUAAGGGCUGGGCUUGCUAAGGGCAAGGAAGGCUUCCACAAUGUUGUAUAG